AUGGAUAAGAAAGUACUCCAGGUGCUGGAAAGAAACACGACCAAAAGUGGAGAGCGAUACGAGACCAGUCUGCUGUGGAAGGAGACAAGUCCUACACUUCCCAACAACAAGCGACUGGCUGUUCAGCGACUACAGACAACAGAGAGAAAGCUCGAAAAGCUUCCACAGGUCGCAGGGAAGUACCAGGUCAUCAUCAACUCCUACGUCGCCGAGAAACAUGUAUCGGUCGCUGCUGUUUCAGCAGACGCACUCAGAGAGCAGAAUGAGUUUGAGCUGGGCCAGCAGUUGCAGGAGGCCCAGCAGGAGCUGCAGAAGCAGUCCAGCCAGUUGGAGGAGCAGCAGCAGGCAGCUGUCAGACUCCAGGAGCAGCGGACCACGGCCACCGCAGACUACAGGAAGGCAGAUGCCGGCCUCACCAGGGCGUUGGCCGCUGAGCUGGCCGCCUGUCGGGAGCGCGACCAGGUGCUCUCGGACAAGGCGAGCCUGGUACAGCAGCUGGAGCGGCGCGCUACUGAGGUGGCCCGGCUGACGGCUGAGCUUGAAGACUGGGGAGCUGAACUGGCUGCAGCUAAUGCGGCCAAGUGUCGGGCACUGGCACAGGUGGGGGAAAUUGCCGCCAAGGAGAUCAGUUUCCAGUACAGAGAGAGGAAGAUGGCGAGUGAGAAGGAGGUGCUGGAGAAGCAGAUGUCUCUGCUGCAGGAGAGCCUGAAGUUGCAAGCAGAGGAGCUGUCCACGUUGCGCCGCCAGCACAGCUCGCGGAUCCUCCAGCUGCAGACCAACCUUGCCAACAAGAUGGACCAGCUGGGGACGGAGCAGGCGGAAAAGGAACGGCUGACACAGCAGGCGGCCGACCUGGAGCAGCAGCUCACCGAACUGGUGGAGAAGCCCCGGCUGCAGCGUGAGGCCGAGAUCGAGCAGGAGGAAAACUAUCGACAGCAGCUGCGGUCACAGGAGCGGCUGGCGCAGCCCUACAAAGAGGGCGUCGAGAAGGCGGAGGCCAGGUCGAAUGAGAUGCUGCGCUCGGUGGACGAGCUGCGGUCACUGCUGAGCUCGGCCAGCGAGCAGCAAAGCCAGCUGGAGGUGCAUCUGGACGAGACGCACACCCAGCACGGCCAGUACCUGGUGGAGCGCGACAAGGUGAUCCUCCAGCUGCGCGACCGGCUGGAGACUUACGAGGAGCAGCUGCAGGCAAUCACCCACAAAGGUAGCCUUUCAGACGAGGCGGUGGAGGCCACGUCACCGUCCGCCGCCGCCGUCAGCCGGCUCCUGUGGCAGGGCAUGACGCUCACACAGAUCUUCACCGGGUUCAGUCAGGCCAAGGAGCAGCUGACGGCCACAGAGGCCGAGAGCAAGCAGUUCAAACUGUGCCUCGACCAGAUCCUGAAGGACAUUGAUAAGUGGACGCCGGCCAUCCAGAGACAGCGCGAGGAUUAUGAGGCGGCGGUGCAGACGAUCGACUAUCCCACAGGCAACAAUGACGAGGCAUUACGGGAGCUGGAGACGGCACACGCCAAGCCUGACGACGCCCGCCGGCGACUGCGUACCGUACAACACAAGAGGGACCGACUGGUCGCCCAGACAGAGGACCUGGCAAUGCAGGUUUGCGUGCCGCUGAAGGAGGUGGAGAAGGCGCGCGGCGGUCGUCACCACACCCCGGGACGAGCUCGAGCUGGAUACGUCCGCCGGACGGAUGAUCGCCCAGCGUCUCGUCACCUUCUGGGGCAAAGAGGAGCUCCAGGCACGCAACCAGGACCUGCUGUCCGUGGUGCCCGCGAACUGAGCGCCGCCCGGGAGGAGCUGAACACGCAGCGCUCAUGGCUGCGUCCCGUGGACAACUGA